AUGGUGGUUAAUUUUCCAACUAUUAAAGCAGGAGGUAUAGGCAUCACCAUUAGAGACGUCAAUCCUAAACAUCCAUUAAGAAAUCUUAGAUUUCUAGCGCCAGGAUACGAGCAAGUUAACGACAGAUUUCCAUUUCACCCGCUAUUUUUAGAAAGUAUAAAAAGAUACUCGGAAAUACGAUAUAUGGAUUUUUAUGCAACUAAUGGUCACGGGCCUGAACCAACAACGUGGAGUAGUCGACACGAUCCCUAUUUCCAUACCCAAGCAGGUAAUCAAGGUGGAGCAUUAGAAUAUAUGAUUGAUAUAAGCAAUAGAUUAGGAGCUAAUCCAUGGUUUUGUAUGCCUCAUGCUGCUGAUGAUAAUUAUAUACAACAAUUUGCUCAAAUGGUUAAAAAUAAAUUACGUCCAGACUUAAAGAUUUUUGUUGAAUAUUCUAAUGAAGUAUGGAAUGGUAUAUUUAGACAAACGAAAUAUACAAGAGAAAAGGGGAUGGCUUCGAAAUUAGAUCCACAAGAUUACAGAGCUGGGAUGAAAUAUUAUAAUCAACGAUCACCAGCAAUAAUAGACAUUUGGAACCGGGUGUUUGGGGCUACAGCUGCUAAAAGAGUAUUUGGACUAUGGGCGUGGCAGACAGGCUAUCAAGCUUAUUACGAUCGUGCUAUUCAAGAUCUCGGUAAUAGAGUUCACAUAUUUAAAUUUAUCGCUAUUACUGGCUACUUCGAUUGUCAAGGUGUGGCAAAAAAUCAUGGAGCCGAAUUACCGAAGAUGACGAUGGCACAAAUACAAAAGUAUUGCAAAGAUGAACUGCCAAAGAAAGGCGACGAAUUUAAACAUUACCUGCAAGUGGCUAAGGAUCAUGGUGUUCAGUUGGCAAUGUAUGAGGGAGGCCCAUCAGUAAUGGAAGGAAGCGCCAUAAAGUUUUCAGGAAAAGCUAACGAGAACAUAACCGCCAAAGCUAUCGCUUUUAAUAAAGAUCCAUUAAUAGCAGAAAGUGUAGAAGAUGUUUUAAAUUUGUGGCAUAAAAUAGUUGCUACUGAUCCCAUCAGUAAAGACGGUGGAUUCUUCAACUAUUUUUCAUCUACGGGAACACCUUCUAAAUAUGGUUCUUGGGGAAUGAUGGAAUAUACUGGUCAAGAUCCUAAAACUGUUGCCAAAUAUCGCGGAGUUCAUAAGUUCAUUACAGCAACUUAUCCAAAAGCACCGAAUGGACCGAAGUGUACAUUUGUGAAGAAUGGGGCAAUUUCAUAUGGGUGUUAUCAUACCGGUGGUCAUUUUGAAUGUGGUAUGACGGACAAUCAUGGAAGAACUGUAUAUAUGACAUCGACAGUUUAUAAGAAUUUACAGGAGAUUUGCUAUUUAUCAGACUGUAUAUAG